AUGAAGUUAUUAAAAUCUAAAAAUUCUGGAAACGGAUUUGGAUAUGUAAAGCUAAAGAUUGAAUCAGAGGACGACAUUUGGGAGUUAUAUAACCUGAUUUUAUCUGGAGAUAGUGUUCGUUCAAUUACAUAUAGAAAAACACAUAAGGAAAAUACAUCUGGUGCAGUUUCUGUUAAAGUACAUAAACUGGUAAUGACAAUCAUAGUGAAGAAUACUGAUUAUGGCGGACAGACUUUAAGAGUUAGUGGAUUUAAUGCUAUAGAUAAUGAAUAUGUGAAAAUGGGACAGCAUCACACUAUGGAGCUUAGGGUAGGAUCAGAGCUGAUUUUAUACAAAAGAAGUUGGGACUGGUUAGCAAGAACACGUUUGGAAGAGUCUUGUAAAAAGAAGAUUGGUGCAGGAGAUGAUAUUUUAAUUUUGUUAAUAGGCAAUGGAGUAGCAAACAUGUUUCUUGUUUCAUCUCAAAAAACUGUCAACUUAUUUACUGUUAAUCACAAUAUUACAAGGGGCCAAAAUAAUAAUCAUCCAUAUAAAGAAAGCAAAAAUAAAUUCUUUCAGAUGAUCACUCAAAACUUAAUUUCCCAUUUAAACUUUGAAGAUUUGGAUAAUAUAAUAUUAGGAGGGCCAGGUUUUUAUAAGAAUGACUUUUUUAAGUAUUUAAUGGAUUCGGACAAUCAAAAAAAUAAAGACUUAACUGGUAUUUUGAAAAACAAGAGGCAUGUUUUUAUUAUUGCAUCAACCAGUAGUGUAUUUCAGUCUUCUAUUGAUGAAAUUCUCCUAAAUAAAGAUUUUCAAGAAAAACUAAAGGAUACCAAAGCUUUUCAACAAGUUAAAUUAAUUCAACAUUUUCAGUAUCUGCUUGCUACUAAUCCUGACCUUGUUUGCUAUGGAUUAAAGAACACUGAAAAUGCUCUGGAAAGUAAUGCAAUUGAAACACUAAUGGUUUCUGAUACCUUAAUCAGAUCUGAUUCUCUUAAAAUUAGGUCUAAGUUGGCUAAUAUCACUGCAAUGAAUAAUAAUUUAGGCGGUAAAACAUGCGUUUUCUCAUCAACACAUAAUUCAGGUAAGACUUUGGAGAAUAUGUCAGGAAUUGCAGCAAUAUUGAGAUUUCCUGUUGAUCAUUUACAAGAUUAUGAAGCUGAUGAUUCAAAUCAAGGAUGGGAAACUGGUGAUGAAAGGGGAAAAGACGGCCAAGAUGAGGAUUUUGAUUGGUUUAAAAAGGAAAAGGAUGAGAUUAAGAAACACCAGCAAUCUCAACAAGAUGAUAAUUGCAUUGAAAAACAACUUCAACAAGUUUCAAUGGGAGACGAUCAUUUUCUUACAAACUUAAAAAAUGACAAAGAAAUUAACGACAUUUCCUCUGACAAUUAA